GAACAACGGUUGAACAUUGGAACAGGCUCCCCAGGGAGAUGGUGGACUGACCAUCACUGGAGGUAUUCAAGAAAUGACCGGACAUGGCACUUACUGCCGCGGCCUAGGAGUCAAGGUGUAGAUGGCUCAAAGAUUGGACUGGACGAUCUCAGAAGUCUUUUCCAACCAAACUGAUUCAAGGGUGUUCUGCAGAGAAAAAGUUCUUUGAGUUCCAUCUUGUCCAGGACUGGUUUCCUCUCUGCUGUCAGCAUGGCAAUGUCACUUAGAUCUGCGUGGUCCCACCUCUUUCGGAUGCGUUCAGUAGCAACCUGUAAGCAGGUCCCACUGCAGAAUGGAUCUGUGUAUCAUGCUUGCCAUAAAUCUACAUUCUCAGUUCUCCCUGAAGACUACAAUUGCAAAGUGGAACUUGCAGUGACAUCCGAUUUGAAGACAAUUGUCUGCUACCACCCUUCACUUGAGAUUCCAUACGAGCAUACAAAACCCAUACCACGGCCAGAUCCGGUGAAUAAUAAAGAAGAAAACCUCGAUCAAGUUUUAAAAUCCAGAUUGAAUGAAAAAGAGCUAAAGAACAGUAGAGGUCCUACAAUUGAAGAGCUCAGCAAAAUGUUUUACACAACAAAACAUCGCUGGUAUCCUGUGGGACAGUAUCAUAGAAGACGCAAGAAUCCUAAUCCUCCUAAAGACCGAUAGCAAAAAUAACUUCUUGUUCAUCAGGACUUUGCUGUUAAUUUUGAUUGGAAAUAAAAGUUUUAGAAAGUGUCA